CCAGAGUCCGCAACGUCGUUCGCAUGCAGGCCGCACCUUCGGGCAGGCAUAAGAUCUUUGUGCAUAGCUGAUCCUACUGGACAUCGCAAGACUGGCACCUAGUGGCAGCGUAAUUGAGAAGAAGAAACAGCACCAAAAAUACUCCUCGCUCACCAUGGCCGCCACGAACCAACAAGUGACUGCGAUCCUGUCGGUCUACGACAAGACCGGCCUGCUCGACCUCGCCAAGGGCCUCGCAGCCAAAGGCGUCCGUCUGCUAGGCAGCGGCGGCACGGCCAAGAUGGUCCGUGAGGCUGGCUUGCAGAUCGGGGACGUGUCGGACAUCACAAAGGCACCUGAAAUCCUUGGGGGCCGUGUCAAGACACUGCACCCCGCUGUGCACGGCGGCAUCUUGGCCCAGACGUCCAAGUCUUCCGAUCAGCAGGACCUCGCCGCGCAAUCGAUCGACCCGAUCGACAUUGUCGUCUGCAACCUAUAUCCCUUCGAAGACACGAUCGCCCAGCAGCCAGAGCCAACCAUCGCUCAGGCAGUGGAGGAGGUGGACAUUGGUGGCGUGACGCUCCUGCGUGCUGCUGCCAAGAACCACGAGCGAGUGUACGUCUUGAGCGACCCGAAGGAUUACGCCGGCUUCCUGGAGAAGUUUGGGUCUGGCAACGUGAAGGAUAGCCAGGCUUUCAGAAAUCAGCUGGCUCUCAAGGCGUUCUCGCAUACUGCACACUAUGACACUGCCAUCUCGGAUUACUUCCGGAAGCAAUAUGCGUCCAAGCAGCCCCCCGUCCAGCAGCUCACGUUGCGCUAUGGUGCCAACCCCCAUCAAAAACCCGCACAGGCUUUCGUUACAGAGGGAGAGAUGCCAGUCAAGGCACUCUGCGGCUCCCCCGGAUACAUCAACUUUCUGGACAGCUUGAACGCUUGGGGUCUCGUCAAGGAACUCUCGCAAGCGACAGGCCUCCCUGCUGCCGCUUCGUUUAAGCACGUCUCACCCGCUGGCGCAGCGGUCGGCGUGCCGCUCAGCAAUGCAGAGGCCAAGGCGUCCUUUGUUGACGACCUCGGCGAGCUAUCUGGCAUCGCGAGCGCGUAUGCUCGCGCACGCGGUGCCGACCGGAUGAGCUCGUUUGGCGAUUUCAUUGGCCUGAGCCACGUUUGCGACGCCCAGACGGCCAAGAUUAUUGGACGGGAAGUCAGCGAUGGCGUCAUCGCGCCAGGGUACGAGCCCGCAGCGCUCGAGAUCCUGUCCAAGAAGAAGGGCGGCAAGUACUGCGUGCUGCAGAUGGACCCGAACUACGAGCCUCAUCUGCAGGAGACGCGCCAGGUCUACGGCAUCUCGCUGCAGCAACGCCGAAACGAUGCCAAGAUCGAUGAGACUCUUUUCACGAAUGUCGUCUCGGAGAAAAAGGAGAUCCCCAAGCAGGCGUUGCUCGACCUAACGGUCGCGACGCUCGCGCUCAAGUACACGCAGUCCAACUCCGUGUGCUACGCGCUCAACGGGCAGGUCAUUGGCCUCGGCGCAGGGCAGCAGUCGCGCAUCCACUGCACGCGACUCGCCGGCAGCAAGGCGGACAACUGGUGGCUGCGGCAGCACCCGCGCGUGCUCUCGCUGCCUUUCAAGAAAGGCACCAAGCGGCCAGAGAAGAGCAAUGCGAUCGACCUCUUCGUCGAGGGCAUCGUCGAUGGCGAGGACAUGGUUGCCAUGCAGGAACGCAAGGAGUGGGAAGCCGCGUUCGAGUCGGUCCCGCAGGCGCUCAGCGCGCAGGAGAGGAAACAGCAUGCGGCGCAGCUUACUGGCGUCGCGUGCGCUUCGGACGCCUUCUUCCCAUUCCCGGACAACAUCUACCGCGCAGCUCGCAGCGGCGUCAGCUAUAUUGCUGCGCCUGGCGGGAGCGUCAUGGACGACGCAUGCAUCCAGGCUGCCAACGCGCAGGGCAUCGUCGUCGCUCGAACCGAGCUGCGGCUCUUCCACCACUGAGCGCGCCCAACGUGUCCAUAGAUUUUACUCUUCGAAUACAGGUGUACCCUACAA